AUGUAAUAAGAAGAAAAAGAAACUAAAAAAAAAUUAACUUAAAAAAUUGAGUUUCUAUUUGUACUAUUCAUAUCAUAAUAAGCCUGGUAUAUAUAAUGAUGAAUAUUUGGCAAUUUAUUAAGCUAAAAAGAAUAAGUAUAAAAAGAUAUAAUAUAAAAUACCAUCAACAGUGAUAGAUGAAUAUGAUAAAAAGAUUUGUAGAUUUGAAGAUAAGUUAACUAAAGUAGCUAUGGAGAGAUAAAGUUUGAUUAGGUAUUAUUGAUAAUACUUCGAGAGAAUAAUCAAGGACCCCAAAUAAAAAAGAAAUUUUAAAUAAAAUAAUUACUUAAAUCCAAACACAUUUAUAGUUGAAAGAAAAAGAACUUUUUGAAAAAAGUCAUUGUGAUACUCCUAUGGCAUAACUUGAGAAGAAAAAGUCUUAGUUUUUUUAAGCAAAAUAACAUUUAUAAUUAUUGAAAACUAUGGGUUAUAAAUUUGAAGAGUAAGAAGCAUGUGAAAUUAAAUUUAAUCAUCAUAAUAAACAAGUUCAUUCUUAACCUUGCACUCCUAAAAAAUCAUAAACAAGAUCUCAAUCCAUCUAAAAUAUUGAUUAUUAACAUAAAGAAGAAAUUAAAUAAUAAUUAAGUGAAAGAGUUCAAAGAAUAUAAAAUAAAGUAAAUUAAUAAAUGGCACGUUUGGGAUUAAAAAGUGUUAACAUAUCUCCUGAUUCUAUAUUUAUAGAAAAAAAAUCCAACAAAUAAAUUAAAAGAACUUAAAGUUAAUCUCCUAUAGAAUCAGAAGUGAGUUAACCUUUAAAUUUAAAUUAUCAAUUUAAAAAACCUUAAAUUUCUAUGUUUAAAAAAUUUUAAUUAAAAUUGGAUUUGGAACUAUAAAAACCAAAAGAUAUAAAAGGAGUGAUUAAUUAUUGUAACACUGAAAGACUAGAUUUAAAGAAUAUGACAAAAGAUAUUUUAAAAAAGAGAAGAGUGUAAUUUAGAAAAUUUAGAAUAAUUUAAAAGGAAUUAUCAACAGUAGGAGAAUUAGGAUUUGAAGGACUUAAAAGUAAAUAUUUUUAAUGA